AUGGGGGAUGAUGGGAUCCACCCUAGAGUGCUGAGGGAGCUGGUGGGGGAGCUCACUAAGCCUCUCUCCAUCAUUUAUCAACAAUCCUGGUCAACAGAGGAGGUACCAGAUGACUGGAGGCUGGCUAACAUGAGGCCCUUCUACAGGAAGAGCCAGGAGGAUCCAGUGAACUCAACAAUUGUGUUAAAUGAACUCAACUGGACUGCGGCACUGGACGAUGUAUUCAAGCGGAACAGAGAAGAAGAUCCCACUUUAUUAUGGCAGGUCUUUGGUAGUGCAACUGGCCUUGCCAGGUAUUACCCAGCUUCCCCAUGGGUAGAUAAAAGUCGAACACCAAACAAAAUAGAUCUGUAUGAUGUUCGCAGAAGACCAUGGUAUAUCCAAGGAGCUGCAUCUCCCAAAGACAUGCUAAUUUUAGUUGAUGCGAGCGGGAGUGUCAGUGGGCUGACACUGAAGCUGAUACGCACUUCGGUCAUUGAGAUGUUGGAGACCUUGUCUGAUGAUGACUUUGUGAAUGUAGUCUCAUUUAACAAUAAUGCUCAGAAUGUCAGUUGCUUUAAUCAUCUUGUCCAAGCUAAUGUGAGAAACAAGAAGAAGCUGAAAGAAGCUGUGUAUAAAAUCUCUGCUAAAGGAAUUACAGACUACAAAAAAGGCUUUAGCUAUGCUUUUGAACAGUUGCUGAAUCACAGUGUCUCUAGAGCUAACUGCAAUAAGAUUAUUAUGUUGUUUACGGAUGGUGGUGAAGAGAGAGCACAAGAAAUUUUCCAUAAAUAUAAUGAAGACAAAAAAGUACGUGUGUUCACAUUUUCUGUUGGUCAACAUAAUUAUGACAAAGGACCCAUACAGUGGAUGGCCUGUGAAAAUAAAGGUUACUAUUAUGAAAUUCCAUCCAUUGGAGCCAUAAGAAUAAACACCCAGGAGUAUCUGGAUGUUUUGGGAAGACCAAUGGUUUUAGCUGGAGAGAAAGCCAAACAAGUUCAAUGGACAAAUGUCUAUCUGGAUGCUCUGGAGCUGGGCCUUGUAAUUACAGGAACUCUGCCUGUCUUCAAUCUAACAAAGGAGCAAAAUGGGAAAAUAAAUCAGCUGAUUCUUGGAGUAAUGGGGGUUGAUGUCUCUUUGGAGGACAUAAAAAAACUGACACCCCGAUUUACACUUUGCCCAAAUGGAUACUAUUUUGCAAUUGAUCCUAAUGGGUAUGUGCUACUUCAUCCAAAUCUCCAACCAAAGCAAAUUGGUGUGGGCAUACCAAAAGUUAAUUUGAGAAAAAGGAGACCAAAUGUACAGAAUCCUAAAUCCCAGGAGCCUGUUACACUGGAUUUUCUAGAUGCUGAAUUGGAAAAUGAUAUUAAAGUUGAGAUUCGCAAAAAAAUGAUAGAUGGAGAAAGUGGAGAAAAAACAUUUGAAACUCUGGUCAAGUCCCAAGAUGAGAGAUACAUUGAUAAAGGAAACAGAACCUAUACAUGGACUGCUGUGAAUGGCACUGACUACAGUUUGGCAUUGGUGUUACCAUCAUACAGCUUUUAUUAUAUUAAAGCUAAAAUAGAAGAACCAAUAACUCAAGCCAGAUAUUCAGAAACCCUGAAGCCUGAUCAUUUUGAUGAAGCUGGCUAUACCUUUAUAGCACCAAGAGAAUACUGUAAUGAUGUCAAAAAAUCAGAAAACAACACUGAAUUUCUAUUAAAUUUCAAUGAAUUUAUUGACAGAAAUACUCCAAAUAGUCCAUCCUGUAAUACAGAUAUGGUCAUUAGAGUUUUGCUGGAUGCAGGAUUUACAAAUGAACUUGCCCAAAAUUAUUGGAGUAAGCUGUCUCUUGAUGGUGUUGUUGCACAAUUUGUUGUUACGGAUGGUGGAAUUACUAGAGUGUUCCCAAAAAGGGCAGGAGAAGAUUGGAUGGAAAAUGCUGAAACAUAUGAAGUCAGCUUCUAUAAACGUAGUUUAGAUAAUGACAACUAUAUAUUCACAGCUCCGUACUACAACAAAAGUGGUGCCAAUAGCUAUGAAACAGGUAUUAUGGUAAGCAAGGCUGUGGAAAUAACGAUUAAUGGGAAGCUUCUGAAACCAGCAGUUGUUGGAAUAAAAAUUGACGCAACCGGCUGGAUGGAAAAUUUCACAAAAACCACAAUCAAGAGCCUGUGCAACAGUGAAAUCUGUGGCUGUGAGAGAAACAGUAUGCAUGUGGACUGUGUUAUCCUUGACGAUGGUGGAUUUCUUUUGAUGUCAAAUCGGGAUGAAUAUACACAGCAGAUUGGAAGAUUUUUCGGUGAAAUUGAUCCUGGUCUGAUGCGAAACCUGAUUAACAUGUCCCUGUAUGCCUUUAACAAGUCGUAUGACUAUCAAUCAGUCUGUGAUCCUGAAGAAGAACCAAAGCAAGGAGCUGGACUUCGUUCUGCUUAUGUGCCUACGAUAACAGAUAUUUUGCAUCUAGGAUGGUGGGCUUCAGCAGCUGCCUGGUCUAUCUUACAGCAGCUGUUUUUGAGCUUGACCUUUCCACGUUUCCUUGAGGCAGCUGAUAUGGAAGAUGAAGAUUUCAGUGCUGCCCUGUCUAAAACAAGUUGUAUCACUGAGCAAACUCAGUAUUUCUUUGAAAAUGAUGAUAAAUCUUUUGGUGGGAUUGUAGACUGUAUAAACUGCUCCAGACUUUAUCAUGCAGAGAAGAUUUCAAACACCAAUCUAGUAUUCAUUAUUAGUGACAGCCAACUGCUGUGCCGCUCCUGUGACCCAAAGCCACUGAUGCAAGCAGAGAAGCCGGAUGAAGGGCCAAAUCCUUGUGAAAUGGUCAAACAACCAAGAUACAGAAAGGGUCCUGAUGUCUGUUUCGAUGAAGCCAAGCAGGAAGAUUCGACCGACUGUGGUGGUGCCUCUGGUCUGAGUCCAUCACUGUGGUCUGUGGUAGGAAUUCAGCUGGUCCUCCUCUGGCUGCUAUCUGGCAGCAGACACUGCCAGUUAUGACUUUGCUAAACCAAAACCUGCAUAACUUAAUCAAGACCCAGCCAAAAUGACAGCCUCCGUCUCAUCUCCAAAAGGGUCAGUUGUUCGGACAGCAGCAGAACAGCAUCGCUCGUGUCUGGUUACUGCUCAUUGUGAGACUCAUCAAGGCACCCACGGUGGCUGCAUGUUGGAGUGUCGGAUCCUUAAACGUGUGUGAAUGCUGCAUCAUCUAUGCCAUCCAACCAGAAUUCUGUACCUGCUUCACUUGGGAAUCUAAGAUUAUUUUAUUUUUGUUUGUUUGUUUGUUGUUGCAAUCCUGAUGACUUCAUGUGAAAGGGCUCCCCUGACAAUAGCUUAUGUAUAUGAUUUUGAUUUCUUUUAAGCUUUGGAUAUCUUGAAGAUUUAUAUUCUUUUACAUGAACAUUUAUUAAAAA